AUGCCACGAGACCUGCUGGCCGACAAACAGACGCUCGAGAGCAUGCCCAAACUGUCCAGAGAACCAGACGCCCUAGCCAGCCCGGAACCCAAGGAACAGUCGUCGAGUCUGGUACCCCAUCGCAGCUCAAGCAUUGCCCAGGAGGAAAAGCUUAGGCAAAUGCGUCUCCGUCCCUACUCUUCCCUGCUCAACAUCGACGAUCUCGAUGACUGCGACUGGCUCGAGCAUGCCGCUUUCGAUCCCAUCGAGGCCGCUUCCCGAGAAAAGCUCGACUACCGUCUGCGAACAUGCGGCGAACUUUGUAGCGGCCUCUUCUCAUCCGCCUACCCCACCACCUCAGGGCCUCUGGGCGAGAUCCUCAAGACACGCACCUUUCCUUCAAUAAAUUCCACCGACAGUGAUCGAAAACGCAUUCUACUCGCCCACAUUAUAUCCACCAAAUCGAAUUCCCCUCUUGUCACCGAUGAAGCAAUGGACUAUCCAAAGGACUGGAAGACUAACUACCAGCUAGCACCUUCCACUGGCCACAAUGAAGACGGCCAAACUGUAUGUCUCCACUCGCUCUGUGUGCACCCCAACUUUGCCCGAAAGGGACUCGGCUCUAUAUUACUGCGAAGCUACGUCCAAAGAAUAAAGGACUCGGGCAUCGCCACGCGCAUAGCCCUCAUCUGUAGAGACCGAUAUAUUCCCUUUUACGAACGAGCAGGCUUCAAGAAGAUUGGUCCUAGCAAAUGUCAGUACGGCGGCGGAAACUGGGUCGACAUGGUGCUCGACUUUGAAGACGGUGUGCAGGACAGUUGGGAUGACUGA